CUGAGGAAGUGGACUGCUGCAAUUCAAGCUUCCACCAGUGCCUUGUGUGUGUGUGGUGUGUGUGUGUGUGUGCGUGCGUGGGUGUGUGUGCAUGUGCGUGUGUGUGAGAAGCUGAAUAAUUAAGCAACUGGCUGUGAAGUAUAUCUGGUGUGUGGGUAUUGAACUAUGGAUUCACAAUUUUGUUUUAAAUAGUCAGCCUGAAUAUAAAAGUCAGUUUGGUAUUUCAUGAAAUAUGAUAAGUAACAAAUUAUUUGUAAUCUUUUACUUGCUUUACUUAAAUGCAUCAGUUUAGUCUAUCACUCAAAAUUAUCACUUUUUGUACCGGCAGCACUUGUUAAAGCAGACAAUAUGGUUUCAACAUGUUCACGUAUUAUAAUUGUUUCCUAUUGCUGAAGCAUAAAUACUCAACAAACUACACACAACCACACAGAGGUAUUUAGCAAAAUCAAAGACUUCAUUUUAAACUUUUCUUCAGUUUUCAGAGAUGUUGUUUGAGUAAAGUUCAUGAAUGUAUUGAUCAAACACAACACACAAGAUUAGCAGUCCUUUUGCACUGAUGAAAAUGUGUAUGUUUCCACAUCAGUACAUCGAUACAUCAAUGAUAUUUCUAAAGGUAGCAUUUUGCACUGAGAAUCAGAGUCUAACAAGAAUGCAGUCAAUAAAGGCAGCAUUGUGGAGACAAAAAGAUCAAAUGAAUUAGUUUUAUUCAAUUAAAUUUGUUUCAAUUUCCCCAUUUUUCAAUUGCUAAUGCACAUUUUUGAAAGCACUGCUCUGUUGUAAACGGCACUGACCGGUGGUCUUUGUUAUCGUGCUGAUUGAGGAAACGACGGCCAGGCGACACAGGUCUUGGCCAACUGGUCUGAGGUUUUGGCAUUUUGAAUGUCAGUGUUUUGAAAUGGGAAAACAAAAAGCUUCAUGUCAGAAUCCCUAUGUAGAGAACGGUGUGAGGUGUGUUGCAUUGCCGAUUGGGUGCUCAACAAAAAAUGGGUUUAGAGUUUUGGAGACGAGUGCCUGUCUCAAUAAUUGUGCUUUAUUUGUCAUAUCAGUGCAUUAGCAAUUGCAAAAUAACGUUAGUGCGGCAGACUUGAAAAUGAAGGUGUGAUUUGUAUUGGCUGAUAGUGAAAUAAACAACUCUCUUUCCUACCUCAGAAGCUUUUCAUUGCUGUUCUGAUUCGACUGCUCAGAUCCUCAGUUAAGGAAGUGCCAAGUGGACCCCUGUUCUGCCUGAUUAAAAGGCUGUUUGUCCGUGGGGGUUAACUUGUGUUUCAGGUAAUCAUCACUGACAGAAGAUAAACGCUGACAUAACCAAAUCCUGCUAACUAAAGACUGAUAGUGGUGUGUUGAAAUGAAAGUUGAAGCUGUUGAAGUAAGGGUAUACGUUUGCAUUACAUGAAUCUAGUUUUCAAACUUAAAAGCAAAGUUACAGUUUACUGGGUGACGAGUUGGUUGGUUCUCAUUACAUCACUGAGUCAUGCUUAUCUUAUCAACCAGUUCAUUUUUGCGUGAGUUAGAUAUGACUGAUAUCGUGUCAGCACAUGUUAAACAUGUGCUGACAUGAUAUCAUGGGUUUCGGGUUUUGGAAACAGGUUUUUCCACAGCGCAUCAGAGCCGUUGUUUUGCUUCAUAGUUGAAGCUACAAAAGGAGGAAAAACUACUUUAAUGUUUGGACAAGCAGCAUGUGUUUUUUUUCUUCUUUCAAUCUGGAGGUGUGUCAAUUCCUCUCAUGCUGCAGUCAUACCUUCCCCAUUGCACAGAGAGGUGUGCCAUUUGGAUUGGUCCACGGAGGUUACAGCUACAUUGUUAAACAGGAAAAAUAAGUCCCGUCUUAAACAGAUAUUGCACAACAGUUUGACAAUGAAUAUUAUGUAUUACAGAGUUACGCUUAUCCAUCGCUCUAAGAGAGGGAGAGUCAUUCUCUUUUUUAUAAAGUUUUAUCACAGAAAGUGUGUGUGUGUGUGUGUGUGUGUGUUAGUCUUAGAGUUAUGCUUGUCCAUAGAGGGAGAGUCAUUCUCUUUUCUAAAGUUUUAUCACAGAAAGCUUUUGAGUUGCAGUAACAACACCUCUUGGAAUGUGAUGGGAUAAUGGAUGAAAAUACCAAAGAAGAAGAAUAAAGAGACCAAAUUAGACCUUCCUCUAAAUAUGAAGGUCAACGUGUUUGUAUGUAUGUUAAUGUGCGACGUCAGGCCAAUCCUGACGUGUAUUAGUCAGUGGAGGGACCAGUCUGACGUGUCUGGCCUUCCUCUUCCACCCUGACACUGACUAGAGCUCCUCCCUCUUCCUCACGAGCAAAUGAGACAUAGGGUCACGUACCUUUAGUCACCAGGUCUUUCACCACACCACAUCUUUUCAGAACUCCUCAUCAGCCCAGCAGUGUGCGGAUCACAUUUUAUUCACAGACCCACAUACCACCGGCUCAGAAGGAGGAACAAAAAAAAGUCAUCAAGAUGCCAGCCAGCCUCUGUGGUACAUGGCACAUCAUCAGCAAUGACAACUUGGAGGGCUACAUGACUGCAAUUGGUAUCAGCCCUUGCUUACAAAAGAUUGCUCUGAAACUAAAGCUGAAGAAGGUGAUUGAGCAGCAGGGGGACAAGUACAUCAUCAAAACUGUCAGCACCAUGCGAAACUACACCAUCUCCUUUAGAGCGGGUCAGGAGUUUGAGGAGUUCACCGAGGGACUGGACAACAGGCAUGUCAAGUCACUGGUGACAUGGGAGGGGAUUAAACUGGUGUGUGAACAGACGGGAGAGAAGAAGGACCGGGGCUGGGCUCACUGGAUUGUAGAGGACAAGCUGUAUCUGGAUCUGUUCUGUGACGGAGAAGUCUGCAAGCAGGUUUUUAAGAAGAAGAACGUUAACAGUGAAAAGAAUUGAAAGAUGUGUUUCCGUCAGGGUGCGGAUGCCCACCACUAGAUGGCAGCACUGCAUUAUUCUUGGUCAGACACUGUCUGUCUACACUGGUUUGUAGCUCAGGGUAAUUGGCCUCUGUUAAGAGCAAACCUUUUUAUUUUCUUCCAUGUCUCUAUGGUCUGAUGGGAAACAUUUGAAGUACAUUUUGUUCGCACUGGCUUGUGCUGUCCAUCGGACAUUUGGUUGAGCUAGUUGUAAAAAAUACAAUAUCUCAUUCAUGUAGAUACAUGUAUACCCAUGUACAAGAAUAAGAGGGUAGGAGAAAUAUUCGUGUACAUUUUGUAUCGCUGACAAAAAUGGGUUUAGAAAGAAAUCUGAAGUGGCAUAUUUUUUUAUUCAAUCGUUCUUUUUUGUUAUUAUGUCCUUUUUAAAAUAAACAAAUUAUUUUGUC